CAAGACACCUCCAGAUGCCCCACGUGUAAAGGCUAGGUGCUUGACAAAAACCUUGGCAGACCGAAAAACCUUCUGGCGCCAGUUGAAUCCGCCGUGCGAAAAAAAAUUUGGAGACCGUGGCCUUCUCUACCCGGCCUCUGUGCCCGCCGUGCGACACCGAUGCCUUCUCUCGCUUCAAUCUCGCGCGGCGAUAGGAACCGGCGAUUGCCUUCCAUAUUCAUCAGUCGCCUUCCAUUGCCCGUCCAUGAUUCCUGGAGCAGCCUUGUCCCCUUCCUUCUACGCUCACGAGAUUGGCCUGGCGGCCAUCCGCACCUAGCUUCUACGCCCACGCGCACCAUUGCCCUAGCCUCCUCGCCAUUGAGGCAGUUAGCAUGUGCGUGUGCCGCUGCCCCUCCCUUCUCUUGCCUGGCCAGUUCGUGCCGCUUACUUCUCCUCCGAGAUGCAUCAUCGAGCCAUCUCCGUCUCUGACUGCAUCGUCGCCAUCAUCAUGCCAAUGCUGCUAUAGGUAUGGAGCGCUCCGCGCUUAUCCCUGGCCGCUACCUGCGCCGAGGCUAGCUUGCUCGAUGUCUUCUCCCACGCCCGCAGCUUCACGUACAAGCGUCUGCAGCAACAACGGCUGUUAGGUCAGUUUUUGCUGCCGGACGGGCAUCGCCGUGUGACGAGGUGGCCGCGCGCGCCGACAGCAGUCGACCGCUGCUCCGACGUUCCCCGUGCCCGACGGCUAUUUUGAGGGCCGCUGCUCCGACGGCCACGGCUCCUAACGGCCGUCGCUCCCGGCGCCCGCUGCUCCUGACGGUCCUCGCUCCCAGCGACCGCUGCUCCUGAGGGCCAUCGAUCUCGACGUCCAUCGAUCACGACGACCAUUGUUUGGAAGGUAAACCAUACUCCUGAUUUUUUUUACGUUUCUUUUGCACGUUCUAAUGACCAUUUGAAUUUGCAACAAGCCUGCACUCUUGCCUCGCCACCGCCGGGAAGGGUGCCGUAGAUGCGCGACACGUUUGCUUCGCAGUCGCCGAGAAGGGUGCCCUAGACGUUCACAGUCGCCGGGAAGGGUGCCGUAGACGCCGCGAGCAGGCCAAACGCCAGACGACCACGCUGAUCGACGUCGACGGCCCGAACAAUCGGCGCGACCACACCGACAACCACGGUCUAGGUCGAUGGAGCACCGCGACAACAAGGAACAACGUGUAACCAACACGCGAAAUCAAGAUGUUGCUCCUAAAAAAAGAACAAGAAAUCUUGAAGACGGAAUAUCACGCACCCCACUUUCGGCUCUGCUGCAUGUGGAUGGAACUGCAGUUUUCAAUGGAACUACUGGUGUUGGUGGAAGUGAGCAAAUAGACGUGCCCGAGAAUCUCUCUCUCUCUCUCUCUCUCUCUCUAUAUAUAUAUAUAUAUGUGUGUGUGUGUGUGGGGAAUAUAGAUUUCAAUGCGCUUUCGAUGGUACCCACGUUUGAAUGUUGCAACCCACUAUAUAUCCAAUUUAGAUAAGUUUAAAAUAAUUUUAAAAUGCUAUGCAUGGUCAUAGGACUGUCAGACACCCCCCUUUCGGCUUUGUUGCAUAUGGAUGGAACUGCAGCUUUUAAUGGAACUGAUGGUGUUAGUGGAAGUGAGCAAAUACACGUGCCCAUGAAUCAACAUGACACCGAUAAUGUUGUCACAGUCUCGCCUGGUAGUGCAAGAAAGCAGGAAAAAAGAGAGAGGGAGCGAAUUAGGUUUGCGAGAAAAAGACUGAAAGGAAUACCAAAAAAAGAGAAAAAUAUAAUAUUACGAGAAGUGAAAAGAUAGUCAGAACUAACGAAGGAAUACGUCAGAAGAACAAUUGUUUGCCAGGUGAACAGAGAAAUGUGGAUCGAGAGGAUAUGUUUGACUCAGGCCUAUGGGAACCAGAUGAUCUGAUGCAUGGAGUUGAAGAACAUGAUUUAGAUGAGCAGAACCCAGUGGAUUAUGGACCUGCUAAUAUAGAGGACGAUGAGGCACGCGUAUUCCAUCACCAGGAUUUCCAGUACGAGUAUGCCGUGGAUACUGAUAUUGGAUUUAGAUGUUCGGAUCCAUAUGAUGCAGUGUACAAGGAUCUUCCUAAGAAACACCAUGUUCUGAAAAAGCAAAAAACAGUCAAUUUUGCCAUGCAAAGAGGUUCCCAGGUGAAGGGCCUGCCUUCUGUUGCAGGAAAGGGAAGGUUAAUAUAUAUAUUCUAGAGAUACCGGCAGAGCUCCGCCGCUUGUUCGCCAGUCAGACUGACAGGGAUGCAAAAUAUUUUAGGAAGCACAUUCGGUAUUUUAAUAGUCACUUCUCAUUCACAAGCUUUGGAAUUUCCAUUGAUCAUAAUCUCGCAUCUGCAAGAGGUAUUGGUGUCUAUUGUUUUAAAGCACACAGUUAGAUAUAUCAUAGGUUCGAUCAACUUGUUUCUGGUGGGAGAGGGCCUCGCCAUAUGUAGCUAUACUUUUAUGACACCAAUGAGACCAUUCCACAUAGGGUCAAAAGGUCGCCUAAGCUUCAUACUUCAAUGAUCCGGUUAGUUUUGAGGAUUCUGCAGAACAACCCAUAUGUGCUUCUAUUCAAGAAUCUCGGUUCGGUGUCUAAUAUUGCAGAGUACAACAUUGAACUUAAUACAAGCAUAUCUGUUGAUCAAAGGAGAUAUAACGCCCCUGGGAUGGAUCAGGUCGCUGCUAUAUGGAUGGACGGUAAUGACCCACAACAGAGGUUUUCUCGCAGCAUAAUAAUAUAUGGCAGAGAAGAUCGACCUCAAUAUGUCAGGGUGUUCCAUGGUUGCUAUGACCCGUUGGCCUACCCUCUGUUGUGUCCUGGUGGUGAGACUGGAUGGGAGCAUAAACAAAUUGAAUAUCAAGAUCCACCUCCUGCUAAUCCGAAGAGAAAAUAUACAAAGCGUAAGAAGCAAGAUGAUCUUCCUGAUGGGGAAUCAGGUGCAGUUCAGUUGCAGCCUCCUAAAAAGGGAAAACACCAACAUUCAGUAUAUUACAAUUUUAAUGGGGAAGACCAUGAUAUGGAUGAGCGAAGUGGGGACGAGGAUGAUCCCAAUGAUGAGCUCGAUGACCUGGUGGAGGAUCUCAGCGUCACGUCACUGCAAGACAGUACUAUUGUUUCAAGCGAUAGAUUCAUGAAGGUCAACUCAAUGUGUUCUUUCAUGCUGGUCGGCUCUUCCAGCAAUUUGCAGUAGAUAUGUAUGUCAAAGUUGAGUCAAUGUGUCUAGAUUGGUACGUGAAGCCAGCAAAUCAGGCUAUAAUUCGUGCAGAUUUAUAUCAGGGUCUUCUUAACACGCUCGCCGUUGGAGAGACUGAUGCUUCGAAGGCUGGGCUCAGGGUUGUUUUAGGUAAGGAUUUUCCUGGUAGUGAUCGUGAUGUGCAAAGUAGGUUCAUGGAUGCAAUGACACUGGUUACAUGGUAUGGGAAGCCUGAUUUCUUCGUAACAAUGACAUGCAAUCCAUAUUGGGAUGAGAUAGUUGUAGAAUUGCUGCCAGGGCAGACACCUCAAGAUCGACCUGAUGUUGUUGUGAGGGUGUAUCAUGCUAAGUUGUUGGACCUUCAUGAUUUUUUGAUUAAAAAGGGUCACUUGGGCAUGAUUGCUGCAUGGGCGCAUGUAACAGAGUUUCAGAAGAGGGGCCUGCCACAUGAGCACUUUCUGCUGGUUAUGGAGUCCGGGAGUAAGCUAAAGAGUCCUGAUGAUUAUGAUAGAUAUAUUUCAGCUGAACUUCCUGACAAGAAAAAGUAUCCUGAGUUACAUAAGCUUGUAUGCAAACAUAUGAUGCAUGAUCCAUGUGGAGUUCUAAACAAGGACUGUCCAUGCAUGGUUGAUGGUGAAUGUCGCUUCCGGUACCCUCGCCAGUUCAGUGAAACUACGCAGCAAGGAAAGGACUCUUAUUCAGUGUACAGAAGAUGAGAGGAUGGGCAGAAAGUGAAGGUGCGUAAGGAAUGGCUUGAUAACCGAUGGGUGGUUCCUUAUAAUCCAAUCCUGCUGAUGAGGUAUAACUGCCACAUUAAUGUAGGGAUCUGUUGCAGUAUUAAGUAUGUUGAGUAUCUGUACAAAUAUAUAUAUAAAGGGCAUGAUCGCGCAUCUUUCUCUCUUGAGCCUAAGGACAAUGGGAAGAAAGUAAUCAAUGAGAUAAAACAGUACAGAGAUUCUAGGACGAUAAUUGCUAUAGAGGCUGUGUACAGAUUAUAUGCAUUUAAGUUGUAUUUUAUAUCUCCACCUGUACUGCAGAUGCAGGUGCACCUCGAGGGUAUGCAUAUGGUUGCCUAUAAGUCUACUAAUAACCUGAAUAAUGUUAUGCAGUCUGAAAAAUCACAGAGAUCCAUGCUUACAGAGUAUUUCAAUGUGAGUAGAUCAAACCAUGCAGCUCGCCAAUAUCUCUAUAGAGAGUUUCCUGAGCACUUCACCUGGAACAAGUCAAAAAAGUUCUAGAAGCCUAGGAAGGUUAAAAGGAUUCAGAUUGGUAGGUUGGUCUAUACAAAUCAUGCCGAAGAUGAGAGGUACUACCUUCGGAUCAUGUUGAACCAUGUUAGAGGUGCAACCUCGUAUGAGAAUCUGAGAACAUGGCGGUGUAACGUAUGUGACAUUUAGACAGGCAUGUGAGGUUAUGGGGCUUGUUGAAUCAGACAAGUCACUUGAUGACUGCCUCACGGAGUCGGCUUAGUUUAGGAUGCCUUGUUCGUUGCGGAGGCUUUUUGCCACUAUAAUGGUUUUUUGUGAGUCUACUAAUAUACGGCGUCUUUGGGACAACCAUCUUGACGCUAUGUCUGAGAAUUUUCGCCGUACAUGUGACAACAGCUCGAGAAUUGAAUAGAUGGUGCUUAAAGAUAUAUCAUAUCAUUUGACAUCUAUGGGCAAGGAUAUCAGGCACUACGGUUUGCCGGAGCUACACCUGACUGAGGAAGAGCGAUCAAGGGAUCAUUAUAGGGAAAUUACUGAGGAGCAGAACCUUGGGUUUGAUGAGGAUCAUCUGAAGAUUGUUGAGACACUUAAUGCAGAACAAAUGGCUGGUUAUGAGGAAAUUCUUGAUCAUGUUUUGAAGAACAAAGGACAGGUGUUCUUUGUAAAUGGUCCAGGCAGCACCAGUAAAACUUAUCUCUACAAAGCUUUGAUUGCUAAGGUGCGAUCUAUGGAUCUUAUUGAUGUUGCUACUACUACAUUUGGUAUAGCUGCUUCCAUUAUGCCUGGUGGGCGCACCGCACAUUCUCGCUUCAAGAUUCCAAUAAAAUUGAGUGGCAAUACUAUGUGUAGCUUUACAAAGCAGAGUGGCACAGCAGAGCUACUUAGAAAGGCAUCUCUGAUAAUAUGGGAUGUGGUUGCAAUGACUAAGAGGCAAGCAGUUGAGGCUCUUGAUAGGUCACUUAGGGAUCUAAUGAGUUGUGAUAUUCUGUUUGGAGGGAAGGUUAUGUUGUUUGGUGGUGACUUCAGACGGGUUCUUCCUGUGGUGCCACGUGGAACAAGAGCUCAGAUCACUGAUGCAACCUUACUGAGAUCAUACAUAUGGGAAAGUGUUCGGCGGAUCAGGUUGACCCAAAACAUGCAAGCUCAGGCUAAUACAUGGUUUGCAGAUUACUUACUGAGGAUCGGUAACGGGACCGAGGAAGCAUUUGAGGGUGACUAUGUGUGGCUUCCUGAUGACAUUUUGAUUCACAAUCCUCCGGAGGAUGAUUCCAUUGACAUCCUUAUUGAUAAGGUGUUCCCAAAUCUUGUUGCUAAUUGCACUUCUGCCUCUUAUAUGCGCGAGCGUGCGAUACUGUCCACUAGGAAUGAACAUGUUGAUGCUGUGAAUGCACUUAUGAUUGAUAGAUUUCCGGGGAAGCAGAAGAUUUUCUAUAGCUUCGACUCUAUGGAUGAUGACUCACGUAAUAAUUAUCCUCUUGAUUUUCUCAACUCGAUUACCCCUAAUGGGCUGCCCCCUCAUGAGUUGAAGGUUAAGAAGAAUUGUCCUGUUAUAUUGCUUCGUAAUCUUGAUCCUCAUAAUGGCCUUUGCAAUGGAACUCGGCUGGUGGUACGGGGAUUCCAGAAUAAUUCGAUUGAUGUUGAGAUUGUUAAUGGGCAGCAUACAGGAAAGAGGGUGUUCAUACUGAGGAUACCAAUGUCUCCUUCUGAAGACCUCACUCUUCCGUUCAAGUUUAAGAGGAAGCAAUUCCCCAUCAGGUUGAGUUUUGCAAUGACAAUUAACAAGGCAUAUGGUCAGACCAUACCUAAUGUAGGUACCUACCUCCCCGAGCCUGUCUUUUCACACGGACAAUUGUAUGUGGCUCUGUCAAGAGGUGUAUCUCGUGAGAGUACAUGGGUUCUUGCAAAGAGAAACAUGAACAUCGAUCCUGCUGGAAAGAGUACGAAGAAUAUUGUAUACAGAGAUGUCUUGGAAUCGUGAGGUGUGUUUGUGCAGCAACUUUAUAUCUCCGUAGGAUGUAGUAAUUGCAUUAAUGCACUCAUAGUCAUGUGCAUGCAUGCUCUUCUGAGCAUAUAUGUUGUCCAUGCAGGUCACACGCUUGGAGAUUAUGACCUCCCAGAUUAUCUAAAUGUUUUCAGCUGCUAUAAUGCACUAUGUUUGAAUAAAUGUUUGGUGUACAUGUGUAAACAUACUUUUUUUCUUGAUC